GCAUUGAUAUAAACCUGCGCUACAGUCAGAGCUUCUAACAUCUUCUACCCAAUCACAGUCCAGAAUUCACCUGUGACGUAGUACAAUUUAAUAGCUGCAAUAGUCUGCAUCUCAUACUAGAUAUAAAAGUGUCUAAUAUCUUAUUAUUGAACAUUUAAUCACAGAACUGAAUGCAUAAAUGUUUUCACGCAGAUGGACAUGGACCAAGUCAGUGCUGUUUCAAUUACCAGAAGAAGGAAAUCCCUGCAAAAUAUAUUACAGCGUAUGAAGAAACAGAGCAUCAGUGUACAAAACCUGGAGUCAUCUUUACCCUAAAUAAAGGUCGUCGUGUGUGUGCAGACCCCGGCGUCGAGUGGGUGAAGAACAUCAUGGAAAUAAUUGACCGGCGCUUUUUUGGUGAUACCUGCAUUUAUAUGAGUGUGUUCAUAUCCUCACCAUCAUCAUUCAUCUGCAUCAUCAUGUUCUGUCGUUCUCUCCUGCUGGUUCUGCUGGUUCUCGCCUACCUUCAGUCCAUCACAACGAUCCGGUAUGUAAGUGUACCAUGGGCAUGCUGUUUCAGUUACCAGACACAUCCCAUCCCUGUAAGACGCAUUAUAGCGUAUGAAGUAAUAGACCCUCGCUGCUCAAAUCCUGGAGUCAUUUUAACCCUAAAAAGUGGUCGCCGUGUGUGUGCAAAUCCCACAGAUGAAUGGGUGCAGAAACUCAUGAAAAAAAUUGACAGCCGCUCGUUUACAAGCUGGGUCGAACCUAAAGUUUGUCCUCCCUCACCCAUUAGAAACGUGUUUCAACCAGAACCUGUUUCUACUCCCGAACCUGUUUCUACUGCCUCACUCGAUAUAGAAUCUACAAGUCCUCCAGCUCAACAGGAUUACACAGAGAAAUCAGAGUCUGACAAGACAGAUUCUCCUGCCGCAUCCAUUAUGGUCCAAAUGGAGCAGAUGUGUAUUGCAUCACAUACCUGAAGAAUCCAAUAACUGUAAAAGUCAUUAAAGUGUAUAAACAUCCAAAAGCUAGAGCCAAAAGUUUUCAAUCAGUUGUUACUCUUCCAGUGGAGAGUAUUUGAUAGUAUU